CCUCUUCCCUGCCAAAUAUUCGCAACGAUGUCCGGCCGGUGACUCCGGCGACGAGGCCAGUGAGAGGGCGGACUGACGCCGAGAAGGUUUCUGAUUGAGGUUUGGCGGUGCAUGCUGCACGGCGAUUGUUCUUGAGGUUUCGGUGAUGUCCCCCUUCUGUUUUCCUUCGUUUUUCAAACUCCGAUUGAUCUAAUUAGGGCAAUUGUAGUUAACUUCAGAGAUUAUUAUUUCUGAAAUAAUGGAUCUCCCACUGUAUACUGAUUCUGAAUCAGAAGAAACAGCCAUUGAAGAUGAUACAGAUAUUGAUGAUGCUGCCUUUGACAACCCGAGAUGUGGAAUUUGUAUGGAUGUUGUUAUUGACAGAGGGGUUUUAGACUGUUGUCAGGACUGGUUUUGCUUUGCAUGCAUUGACAACUGGGCUACUAUCACGAACCUCUGCCCUUUUUGCAAGAUUGAGUUUCAGCUUAUUACCUGUCUCCCGGUUUAUGAUACAGUUGGACGCAUCGACUCUGAGGAUCAUUCUUUUUCCAGAGAUGAUGAAUGGCUUAUUCAAGGGAAAAACAACGCACUUUCCUUCCCAUCAUACUACAUUAAUGAAGAAGCAGUUGUAUGUUUAGAUGGUGAUGGUUGCAAAAUCCGAAGUGGCUUCACAACUUCUGAAGAUGAAUUAAGUGUUGAUACAUCAAUAGCUUGUGAUUCAUGUGAUAUAUGGUAUCAUGCUUUCUGUGUUGGUUUUAAUUCCUCAUGCCCAACUGACAGUUCAUGGCUAUGCCCCAGGUGUGUAAGCAAGCAGGGGGCACAGAAACCUGAUACUUGUAUAAUGCAGAAUGUAGUAAGCCAUUCUGAACCACGAAGUGUUGACCUUGGAUGGUCAGUUGACUAUAACUUUGCAGGGAAGGUCUCAGUAUCUGUUGCUGAUACUGGUGAUACAGAUAUUGUUGUCUCAAUGGUUGAAGAAAAGCCAAGAGCACUAGCUAGUGGAAACUUAUCAUUAACUGAUUGUCUGGAUGUUGAUAGAAGUAAAUCAAUUGCAAUAAAUAUGACUAAUAUUGCUGAUGGUUCUGACAAUGUGGAAAUUGGCCUCCAAGCUGACAAGAGUGGCUGUGAUGAACUUGUGCCAUUUAGCAUAAAUUGCAUUGACCAGACUAUGUCUGAUACUAUUGCUUUCCACAAGGACCACAACAAUUCAGAAAUUGUUUUAGACGUCUCAUCCAAGGCUGGUAGUGGACCUGCGGACAAUUUGAAAGAUGAAUUUCCAGUUGUACCAUCAAUUCAUGACGCUUUGUUGGAUAUGAAACCAAGCCAUCAUAAAUUGGAGUCAACAAUAGUGUCCUUGGCAUCACAAAAUCCAUCUUCAACUUCUAUCAAUCCAAAAAGAUGUGGUUUUCUGGGGCCUAAGAUCUUGGAAGAGAAGUUCAAACUUGAUAAUACUAUUGAUAUCUGCAAGAUCCCUAAGCCAUGUUCAACUGAAACUGACAAUGACCUGUCUUUGAACAUAUCUGUUGACAAUGUUCAUCCUGAUCCAUCAGUUGCAUCUUCUACAUCUGUUGAUUUUGCAAAAGAUGAUGUACUCAGUGAUAUUGGUGAGGAUGCAUACGGACUUAUGCCUCAGCAUAAUUUUGUAGAUGGUAGUUUGGCGGAAGAAGAUAUGAUGAAGACCUUACCUGAUGCCAUAGAUGCUGAUUUUCUGAGAAUUCCUGAUACGAAAAGAGAGAGGGAGAUGGAAGAAAAAAUUGAAAUCGAGCAUCCUAUGAAGAAAAGUAGAUCAGAUGGAAAACACCAGAUGUUACUUUUGGAAAAAGAAGUUCAUAAGUUUGCGUUGGACUUUACAAAAAAGGAUUUAAGUCCUACAACAGUAAAAGAUGGUUCCUUGAAACACACUCUAGGAAAUGAUGGAAAAGCUCUAGAUAUUAUGAGCUUAGUUCAGGAAAAUAAACAUCGAGCAAGUGAUGUUUCCUCUUACACAGAUUCUACAGAAAAAUUGAUGCAGAAAAGAGAUGGUGCAGCUGGGUUGAGAGUGAAGAAGAUAAUGCGAAGUGUUGGUGACAACAAGGAGUCAUCUGUGUUAAUUCAGAAACUGAGAGAAGAGAUAAGGGAAGCAGUUCAAGAUAAAACACCUAAUAUAAUUGACAAAGUAAAAAUUCUCAAUGGGGAACUUCUUACAGCAUUUCGUGCUGCAUUAGCAAGACCCCAAAAUGAGGUGGUUGAUAAAACGGGGUUAUCACAUGUGGCAAUAAGGAAACCAUUUCUGCAAAAAGGAAAGACACGUGAAAAUCUAACCAAAAAAAUAUAUCAAACAUCCACAGGAAGGCGAAAGAAAGCAUGGGACAGGGAUUGUGAAGUUGAAUUUUGGAAACGCCGUUGCAUGAUAGCCAAGCCACAAAAAGUUGAGACUCUCCAAUCUGUUCUUGAACUCUUAAGAAAAGCAUCCAGUUCUUCCUUAGAGGACUCAGAAAUAGAUCAAGAUCCUCACAAGCAAACUACAGAUUCUAUUCUCUCUAGAGUAUAUCUAGCUGAUGCCUCAGUGUUCCCCAGGAAGAAUGACAUAAAGCCUCUCUCUGUGCUUGAAGGAUAUCAAGGAAUAGAUAGUCAUAACCAAGAAAGCAAUAUUUCUGGAAAAGGUUCUCAACAUGUUUGCGCAACCAAUAUGACGAACAAUGGUAUAGGAAUUUCUGACUGUCAUCUACGUGGCAAAGUCCCUUCCACUGAUAAGGGGGAGAAAAAAUUAAGUGCUCCAAAUCCCAAGAAGGAAGCUCCUUGUCAAAAAGGAAAGUCAAAUGGGACAAGAGAAGCACCAACCACAAUAGUUGACUCAAGCAGUUCUAAAGAGAGUGCACUAAAUUCAAAUGAACUUUCUAGGCAAUCUUGUGUAGCUAAAUCAGAUAAAAAAAAAUGGGCUCUAGAAGUUCUUGCCAGGAAGAAUGCCUCAUUCAAUGCUGAUGCAAGUAAAGGGAAUCAAGAAGAUAGAUCUCCACUAAAUGGGAAUUAUCCUCUUCUAACACAACUACCUGCAGAUAUGAUGCCCUUGCCAGCACCCAGCCGCUUUAACAAAGUGCCUCUGUCAGUUAGACAGGCACAACUUAACCGUAUUGCUGAGCAUUACUUGAGAAGAACAAAUUUGAGUCAAAUGCGAAGAACAGCAGUGACAGAGUUGGCUGUUGCAGAUGCAGUUAAUGUAGAAAAGGAUAUUGUUGAGAGAUCUAAUAGCAAAUUGGUAUAUUUCAAUCUAUGCUCACAGGUUCUAUCUCAACGUAAAACCAAGCCACAAAAUUCUGAAAACAUUAGCCACGGUCCCAUAGCAACUUCUACACAUGAUACUGAUUUCAGAGUUGAAGUCAUGUGCAGCAACUCUGUUCUAACAGAAGGUGUCAAAGUUGAAGAAGCAUUGAAAUUGGCUGGCCUUGAUGAUACUCCACCAAGCAGCCCAAGCAGACCUGGGACAGACACUGAAGCAGAAGGCACUGGCUUGGCAAAGGUUAGACAGGAAGAUUUCACUGAUCCCUAUGAUGUGCAUUCUCAUCCUGUGUGUAUUUUGGAUGAUGAGGGUUCUAUCAUAUCAUCCAGGACCAUGGAUGCUGGUCCUGUGCACCCAGAAGAUUUGGAAUCAAGAAUCAAACUUGUGCCCUCUUCUGUAAAUUGCGCAAAGUCAAGCUCUAAAUGUGCUGCUCAAAAUUUCCAAACUUCUAAACAAGAAUCAAUAACUACUGAUCAGCAUGAUCUUAGAGUAGUUGAGGCAAGUUCUGAUACAUCUACCAUGUUAGCUUGUCAAAGUGAUACACAUUUAGAGGUUAGAGUUCCAGUGCUGCAAGAACCAUCUCACAUGGAUUUUAACAGGGACCCUUCAUUUGAAGAAUGUGAGGAGAACAGGGUGAGUUUGGAUAAGAAGUUAUCUGUUGAAGUAACAGGUGGGCCAAGUAAUGCUAUGGAGACAGAUGCUGCAGUUCAACUUCCAUUUUGUUGUGAUAUUGAAAAUCCAGAGAAAAGUAACAAAGAAUAUCUGAUAGUUGAGAUACACACUGAGAAUAACUUCGCUGAAGGUUCACCUAGUCACUCCCUUAUUAGUGAAAAGGCUCCAACUGAUGAAAUUGCAACAGUUCACAGCCAUGCUGAUUCUGCUAAAUCUAUAUCAAGGAAGGUAGAAGCCUACAUCAAAGAGCAUAUCAGGCCUCUGUGCAAAAGUGGUAUCAUAACAGUGCAGCAGUACAGGUGGGCAGUCACGAAAACGACAGAGAAGGUUAUGAAAUUCCAUUACAAGGCCAAAAAUGCAAAUUUUCUUAUCAAAGAAGGAGCCAAAGUAAAGAAACUUGCUGAAGAUUAUGUUGAAGCUGCUCAGCAAAAGGAAUGGACAUAAAUGGGGGUUGUGAUUUUACAUAAGAAAUAGUACAUCGUUCUAUACGAUCAUCAAUACAAGAUGGUUUAGUAUUGAUCAAGAAUCUUUGAUCAAAAGGAUAUAUAACUGAAGAGUUGGCCAAUUAGAAGGCAGUGUGAGGAAUUUUCUGAUAUGGUGAACUUGCAAAUGAACGAUAAUGGUAAGUUUCCAUUUAUCCUCGUCUUGAAUUCCUCUGUUUGGAAAUUAUGCAGUCCAUAAAUUAUGUUCAUGAAAAAAUCCUGAGCCUUUUAGAGUAUAACAAAAGUAGGAUUGAAAUGCCUUCUCUCCUGAUUGUAUGUAGAAUUUACAUUCACUUAUGAUGUUUUCUUCUUUUAUAUACAUAUACCCUCGAUUGAAUGAAA